AAAAAAAUCACACCCAGGUUUCAGCUGGAGAAAAUAUUCAUGUGAGCUCAGAUGAGAAAUGAGUCACUCCUUGCCUGUGUGGUUCUCCUCCUUGCAGCUCCUCAGGUUUCUUUCCUUGCAGGUUGGCACCCUCCCACCCAUCAGCAUCCUCUGGACUUUGCUGGCUGCAGGUGAAGAGCAGAGGAUCCCCUUGAACCUCUUUUUCCAUUGCAGCUGGCACUCUACCAGCACAAAAUGCCAAUUUCUUGGGAGAGGAACGGAGGAAACCAAUAACUGGUGAAUGUGAAGGAAGUCAACAUUGUUUAGAGACACAGCACGGGGUCGGAACGACACGGAGGGUUUCUUAGCAACAAAUGUUACUCCCAAGACUGGAAUAUAAUUAACUCCUGCCUACUCUCCCCGGAUGCCAUCCAGCAUGCCAGGCUUCUGCAAAAUAAUCUCAGCCCUGCGGCUUUCCAGCAGAACCAAAGCAAUGGGGAUCCUUUGGUUCAUUUUCAUCUUCAUCUCCUUGAUUUGUCACGGAGAUGCUCAUGGACCAGACAGCUGUAACCACUCAGGGGGCUUGUGCCGAGUUGGAAACUGCGUUUCUGGCGAAUAUCUGACUGGUUACUGCUUUGAACCCAUCAUCCUCUGUUGUAGAUGGUUAUUACCCACUGCCACAAAGAGCUGAAGAUUCUGAAGGAGCAAAAUGCAGCUGCAGGCUCCACUAACAAGGAACAAGCUGCUGUUGGCAAGGAAAAGUUGUGCCUUUCUGUGACUUUUGGGAGAAUGCAGCUAUGGAUUCACUCAUGAACUUCUGAACACGUUGCUUUUUGCUUUCUCUGUGACUUUCCAGGAAACACUGUGACAAGGAUAAACUGUGGCCAUCCGGACUAUAUUUUACCCCUUCUGGCAUCUGGUUGUUGCAACAACAUCUGGUAUCACCUGUCACACACAGGUGAGAAAUUGCUAUUGUACUUACCUGAAAGCAAUAAACCUGAAGUUUAACAGA